GAGUGCGGAGGAAGCAGCUUGGAAGAAGCUGGGCGGGGGGGGGGGGGGGGAGGAAUAAGGGAUUUGGCUCCCCGCCCUCUCCCUUAGGUGGCUGAGAGAUCACGCUAGCUGCAAGGGUGCAGCCCCUCGCCGGGAGCACAUUCCGGGCUCGGAGAGCUGGGAGAGCGGCCCCCGAGGCAGAGCCUCUUCGCCCCCGGGUACUGCUGCCCCCCACCUGGGGCAGAGGGGCGGGCCCGCGCUGCCUUCCCUCAGCGCCUCAGCCGCGUGGCUUGCGGCUUAUUUUCCCAGCUGGCAAGCGUCGCGCUGCAGACAAGGGAAUGCCUGUGGGAAGGCUGCGCUGGUUUCCUGAGAUAAAUGGACAGGAAGCGCAUUACCUCCGCGCGCUGGCAAGCGGCUCCCAAAUGCUUUUUGCACCUGCCGCUUUGAGCAGUGAGAGCAGCGGCGGAGCCCGCAGGGAUCUCGGGCCCGUUGAGUACGCUCGGGGGAUGAAUCCCUCGCACACCCUAGACUCUCUCCCUCCGGGGCUGCCGCGCUCACACCGAGCUCUGGUGCUCUUCUCUCACACCCAGGUCCCGCGUGUUCUGGAGCUCGGGGGCCGCCUGAUCCUGCCGAGCCCCCUCCAGGAGCGGAAGGGUUAAGAAUGAUGAGAAAGAAGAGGAAGCGAGGCGCGCUCCUCGGCUCAUGCCUCAGCCACGGGCCGCGACCCGCCACGGCGCCAGCGCCGCCGCCCUCGCCGGAGCCCACGAGACCUGUAUGGACGGGCAUGGGCUUGAGAGCAGCACCUUCCUGCGCCGCCGCCGCCGCUGCCGCCGCCGCCGGGGCUGAGCAGCGCCGCCGCCCCCCACGGCUCUCCCCACCGCCGCUGGAGCUGCUGCUGCUGCUGCUUAGCCUCGGGCUGCUCCACUCAGGUGACUGCCAACAGCCGGCCCAAUGUCGAAUCCAGAAAUGCACCACAGACUUUGUGUCCCUGACUUCGCACCUGAACUCUGCCAUUGACGGCUUUGACUCUGAGUUUUGCAAGGCCUUGCGUGCCUAUGCUGGCUGCACCCAGCGAACUUCAAAAGCCUGCCGUGGUAACCUGGUGUACCAUUCUGCUGUGUUGGGUAUCAGUGACCUCAUGAGCCAGAGGAAUUGUUCCAAGGAUGGACCCACAUCCUCUACAAACCCUGAAGUGACCCAUGAUCCUUGUAACUAUCACAGUCACUCAGGAGCCAGAGAACACAGGGGAGGGGACCAAAACCCUCCUAAUUACCUUUUUUGUGGCUUGUUUGGAGAUCCUCACCUAAGAACUUUCAAGGAUCACUUCCAAACGUGUAAAGUGGAAGGGGCCUGGCCACUCAUAGAUAAUAAUUACCUUUCGGUUCAAGUGACAAAUGUACCCGUGGUCCCUGGAUCCAGUGCUACUGCUACAAAUAAGAUCACUAUCAUCUUCAAAGCCCACCAUGAAUGUACAGAUCAGAAAGUCUACCAAGCUGUGACAGACGACCUGCCCGCUGCCUUUGUGGAUGGCACCACGAGCGGUGGGGAUGGCGAUGCCAAGAGUCUGCGUAUCGUGGAGAGGGAGAGUGGCCGCUACGUGGAGAUGCACGCCCGCUACAUAGGGACCACAGUGUUCGUGCGGCAGCUGGGUCGCUACCUGACCCUCGCCAUCCGCAUGCCUGAGGACCUGGCCAUGUCCUACGAGGAAAGCCAGGACCUGCAGCUGUGCGUGAACGGCUGCCCGCUGAGUGAGCGCAUCGAUGAUGGGCAGGGCCAGGUGUCUGCCAUCCUGGGGCACAGCCUGCCUCACACGUCCUUGGUGCAGGCCUGGCCUGGCUACACACUGGAGACUGCCAACAGUCAAUGCCAUGAGAAGAUGCCAGUGAAGGACAUCUAUUUCCAGUCCUGUGUCUUCGACCUGCUCACCACCGGUGAUGCCAACUUUACCGCCGCAGCCCACAGUGCCUUGGAGGAUGUGGAGGCGCUGCACCCAAGGAAGGAACGCUGGCACAUUUUCCCCAGCAGUGGCAAUGGGACUCCCUGUGGAGGCAGCAAUGUGUCUAUCAGUCUCGGACUCACAUGCUUGAUCCUUAUUGUGUUUUUGUAGGGGUUGUCUUUGUUUUUUUUAUUUUUUGUCUAUAACAAAAUUUUAAAAUAUAUAUUGUCAUAAUA